CUUAAGUGUCUUCACAUCCCGUCAUCUUGUUCGAUCAUCUCAUGUUAAAUGGAAGGCGAUAUUUGUGAAGCAUUCAGAGAUUCUUCACUGAGCAAACUAUCUGGGCACCACUUGUGUUAUAGGCAGUGAUAAGCAGGAAUCAAUAUUUAAUUUAACAUUUGUUUUUGAAUACCUCUUUGUGCACUGGACUGUGCUUGGUAAAAAGAAUUCAAUUUCUACCCUUGAUGGGGGCAAAAAAAAAAAAAAAGUACUGCCAACAAAUCUAGCGCCCAGUGGCAGAAAGUUCAGCCAACUGGUGCUUAUCACCCAGGGCUGAUGGCCUGAUUUUGAAGAUCUGGGAGGAACAGACUUUUGAAAGCCUAGAUUAAUUCAACAAGACAGACACUUGGAAUAGGUCUGACUGGGGAGACUUCAUUUUCUUCUUUGUACCUGACCAUUUAUGAUGAAGUGGCUUGUGAAAGUGUGAGGUUGCUUAUUUCCUCACAGGGCACUUUUGAAAAAGAAAGGUGUUGAACGAUCAAGCAGCAGUGUGGAAAGUAAGGCUGCAGUAAACACAGGUGUGAAAGAACCACUUGCCAUGGAAGCCAGGGAGCUGGAGAAUCCCACACCCACAUACCAUCUCAUUCCUGAGGCCAGCCAGCCCAGGGAGGAAGAAGGUGACUGCAUGCUACCUCAGCAGGCCACAGAAACUAUGCAGCUGAAGAAGGAGAUCUCUCUGCUGAAUGGCAUCAGCCUGGUAGUGGGCAACAUGAUCGGCUCAGGAAUCUUCGUCUCACCCAAGGGUGUGCUGGUCUACACGGCCUCCUAUGGGUUGUCGCUGGUCAUCUGGGCUGUUGGUGGGCUUUUCUCCGUUGUGGGUGCCCUUUGCUAUGCAGAACUGGGGACCACCAUCACCAAAUCUGGAGCCAGCUACGCUUAUAUUCUUGAGGCCUUUGGGGGCUUCAUUGCUUUUAUUCGCCUCUGGGCCUCACUGCUAAUUGUUGAGCCCACCGGUCAGGCCAUCAUCGCUAUCACCUUUGCCAACUACAUCAUCCAGCCCUCCUUUCCCACCUGUGAGCCCCCGUACCUGGCCUGCCGUCUCCUCGCUGCAGCCUGCAUGUGUCUGCUGACAUUUGUGAACUGUGCCUACGUCAAGUGGGGCACACGUGUGCAGGACACGUUCACGUAUGCCAAGGUCCUGGCACUCAUUGCCAUCAUUGUCAUGGGCCUUGUUAAACUGUGCCAGGGACACUCUGAGCACUUUCAGGAUGCCUUUAAGGGUUCCUCCUGGGAUGUGGGAGACCUCUCUCUUGCCCUCUACUCUGCCCUGUUCUCUUACUCAGGUUGGGACACCCUUAAUUUUGUAACAGAAGAAAUCAAAAACCCAGAAAGAAAUUUGCCCCUGGCCAUUGGGAUUUCCAUGCCAAUUGUGACACUCAUCUACAUCCUGACCAACGUGGCCUAUUACACAGUGCUGAGCAUUUCUGAUGUCCUUGCCAGUGAUGCUGUGGCUGUGACAUUUGCUGACCAGACAUUUGGCAUGUUUAGCUGGACCAUUCCCAUUGCUGUCGCCCUGUCCUGUUUUGGGGGCCUCAAUGCGUCUAUCUUCGCUUCAUCAAGGUUGUUUUUUGUGGGCUCCCGUGAGGGCCACCUCCCGGACCUCCUGUCCAUGAUCCACGUUGAGCGUUUCACACCUAUCCCUGCUUUACUGUUUAACUGCACCAUGACACUUAUCUACCUCACUGUGGAGGAUGUUUUCCUGCUCAUCAACUACUUCAGCUUCAGCUACUGGUUCUUUGUGGGCCUCUCUGUCGCUGGACAGCUCUACCUUCGCUGGAAGGAGCCUGAUCGGCCACGACCUCUCAAGCUGAGCCUGUUUUUUCCCAUCGUGUUCUGCAUAUGCUCCUUGUUUCUGGUGAUUGUGCCCCUCUUCAGUGACACCAUCAAUUCCCUCAUUGGCAUUGGAAUCACCCUCUCUGGGGUCCCCGUCUACUUCCUGGGUGUUUAUCUGCCAGAGUCUCGGAGGCCACUCUUUAUUCGGAAUGUCCUUGCUGCUAUCACCAAAGUCACCCAGAAGCUUUGCUUUUGCGUCCUGACUGAGCUAGAUGUAGCUGAAGAGAGACAGGUCGAGAGGAAAACUGAGUAGAGGCCAGAGGUGAUAUCCCCAAGGCCUGCAGGGCUGCUACCUGUGGCCGCGGCCACCAAAGUCCAGAUUACAAGACUGUGUGGACCCAACCUUCUUGUGCUAAAGAAGGGCUGUUGGCCCACAUUAUGUAAGGGGGCUCAGGGCUGAUGGCCUGCUCAAGUGUUCACUGUCAUUGGUAAGCUAUGGUAGGAAUCUCAGGGUCUGGGGCCAGCCUGAAGGUGGGGACUUCAGAGGGUGGUGGUGGGAGAGGACUUGAGCAGUAGGGGAAUGGUGGUUCAGUUUUGUUCUGGCGAGUAGGUGCAGCCCUUCCACUUACUUGGUGAGUUGCACUGGGGGAAGAGGGAGUGCUAGGUUAACAGCUGGGGCUAUUGGUUUCUGAAUUUGACAUUUGAACCAGGAGUUUCUCUGAAGGGGCUGCUCUAUGAGAAGUUUUCCUCUGACCAGGUCCAAGCACCUGACUUUAGAGGUCUGAAAUGCUACCAUUUCUUCCUCUGGCUCAGAAUCCUUCCUUGGGGAGAGGGUUGUCUUCCAUUAUUUAUUGAUAUUAUUUAAUCCAGAACACCAGUUCCAGCAAAGCAUUGGUCUUCGUUAAUUUACAGGUUGUAAUAGGCUGAUUGUAUUUAAAAAUUGAAAGUACCCCAAAGUGAGUCCCUCUGACCUUAGAGGUAUCUAUGUGGUGGUUGGUCAGACUCUGACUGCAGAUUUUUUUGCUUAGUUUUAGCACAGUCUUCUGUUGAGUCUUACCUGCAGAGGUGAACUGUAAAGAUUAUUCUUUACUCAUGUACUGGUUACACUUCAGUAUGUACAUAGGUCACAUGUUACCAGUCACCUGGCUCAAGUCCAGCAAGGACAGAUGAACAAAUGCCAGAGUCAGAAGCCUGGUAAAACUGCUACUUUGAAGGCUAAUCCUUUAUUUUACUUGAGACCUUACUUCUUUGCUCUAGUUGGCAAAAUGCAAACCUCUGGUUUCUGGUAUGAAGUCUAAGAAGGCACAAACUGUCCUAGGAUUCAGGUGAAUCACUUGAAUUCUUUCAGCUGUCAAUGGCUUAGAGGCCAUUUCCGGGACCCAAGCUGACAAGUAAGUUGUUCCUCUCUGUAAGGGCUGCUAUGAGGGGCUGCUGUGCAGACCCAUGCAAGCCCACUGUGGUGCUAGAAGUGGUCAUUUUCCUGGAAACCUCACAUCAGGCUGUAUUCUCCUCCUCGUCCCCAACACCAGACUUUGUUUACACUCUGAGCCACCAUGGUGUGGGUCAUCGGGACAGUGCACUGCUCUUCUGUCUGCCUCCCCUUGCCUGAGGUUUGGGGGCUGCAGUCUCAGGAAGAGCUUGGUACUUGUGGGAACUUGUUUUCUCCCUGUGGACAUCAGUGACGACUCUGCAAUAAAGCUGCUUCCACCUCCA